AUGCACGUCCGUUUUGCGCCCGAUGUGUUCACCGCUGCGUGCCAGUUCGUCAUCCUCAUGCUGCUCAUCCUUCUCACACUCCUCCCUCCUUCGAUUGCUGGGUUCCCUUCUUCCUUCUUGUUUCCUGGAUUUUCCUGCAAGUGCUUCGCCACCUGGCGUGACAGCGCGUGCAUGAUGUAUCAAGGCAAUUUCCCGUUCGUAGCAUUCUUCUUCCUUCUGCAUGUGCUCCGCCAGCUGGCGUGGCAGCGCGUGUAUUCUAUUUCGAAGCAGUUUUUGCCCUGUUAUCCGUCAUUUCUCGCCCCUCUCGCACGUGCUCGGCCAGGCGGGCUAAAAGAAUGUGACGACACCCGAUGA